AUUUACAGAUAGUUAACGGUGAAUUAGUUCUUCUUUCAUCUGUGUAUUGAAUGGAGGAAUGAAAAUGGAUGUGACAGUAAAUGGUGCUUUGUGCUGUGGUCAGUUGGCCAUGAGCCUGAUACAAACAUUCUUUAUGUUUUAUUAUGUUAAAAUAUUCUUGAAUAUUUAUAAGAUCGAUCAGUUUUGGUUUGGUAUGGCGCAGAUGUUAUUCGCUAUUUGGAAUGCCAUCAACGAUCCGUUGUUCGGUUAUGUUCAGGAUGUUAGCACUACAUGGUUUCAUUGCCGCACAAAAGUAAUAUCAAUGUUAGGACCUUGUCUAGCAGUCUCGUUUUUGAUUUUAUGGUUCCCGUGGAGCAGCAUGGAUGGCUCAUCAUCAUCGUACAUUGUCGGAUGUCAUUUACUUUUUGGCCUUUUUUUCUAUGAUGCCUUUUACAGCUGUGUAAGUGUUGCAUGGAGUGCGUUAUUCGCGGAAACGACUUGCAAUAAAUCUGAGCGUAUUUCAGCUUUGAAAUUUUCCCAAUUUGCAAUUCUUUUAUCUGUAAAUAUUGUACCAAUCACUGAGAAACUGACAAGUGGACUAAAUGAUUUCCGGAUUUUCCAGUACAUUAGUAUUGUUAUCGCGGUAUUAGCAGUGCUUUGUUUCAAAGUCACAGGGUCGUUACGGUAUCAGAACAAGCUGGUAUAUGAGGAUUUGUCCUCUUCACCUACGCUGCUGCAGGACAAGGAAAAAUUUUUGAGUGCUUUCAAAAUAACGAAGCAAAUACUAACGAGAUGUGAUUUCCGAACCAUUACUACAACCUAUUUUCUUCACACAUGCAGAUCAACUGCUCAUCUGAACUUUGCUACUAUUGCCACCGAAAUGCUCAUCCCAGAACAGCUUAUGGUAAAAGGGUCUUGGAAAAUGAGUCUUUUUUAUGCGGCAUGCACACUUACUCCUCAGCUGUUUGUGAUAUUAAGCGGUAAAAUGAUCAUCAAAGUAGGUGUUCCUUCCGUUAUUAUGAAAUCUUUCAUUGCUUCCAUGAUCGCAUCUGGGUUCCUUCUAAUCUUUGGAUAUAAUCGUCCAUAUUUGAUUAUUUUAUUCAUGUUUUUUGACAGCAUAUUAGUUCAUUCAAUAGCUCCAUUAUAUCAAGUUUUGUUAGCUGAUUAUGUUAACGAAGAUAUGACUUCAUUUUCAAGACAGAAACCAAUCUCUACUAUUAUAUAUAGUUUAGCCGCUGUAUUGGUCAGACCAGCUCAGUCUAUUGCACCCUUUGUUAUCGUAAUGAUCCUUACUCAUUACGGUUAUAAGGAAUACCAAACGAGUAAUUUGGCAAGCGUACAACUCACUGAUGGUAUGUUUUAUGUUAUUUGUUCGACAACUUUGGUAAUUAGUGCUGCUCAAUUACUGUUUUUCUACACUUUUGCUUUAAAAUGCUCAGUAAAAAAUUCCAAAGGUGAUAUUUUUAUUUAG